AUGUUCUCGCGUACCUGCGUGUACAUUAAGUACAUGCGGGAGAUGGGUUUCAAGAUUGUGCUCCUUCCAGAGCUGUUCAAACCGACAAUGGCCUCAACCAGACUAGUGCGGACUAAUUUCAAACCGAGGCCAUUUCAUGAGAAUUAUCUGCUACGCCAGAACCCGACUGGGAUGUUGCUCCCCUUCCCCCCGAUAUCUCCGACAAUAUUACUCCACGAAGCCAGGAGCUCAUUACCGCGUAUGAGCGAUGCGCAUUGCGUCGACCUAGAAUCUAAGGCUGCCAUACUCGCGUCAAAACCGCCGCCGCCGCCUGUAUGCGCUCGACUCCCAGGUUACUUAUUAAUCUACGCUCCAAGUCCCCCUGGUCGCAACAUAGUCGCGAUCGAUAUUUGCAAGGCUCAAACUGACGCUGCGCUUCUCGCCACCGCCUCGUUGUACUUCGACCAUUUCGUCCGAUUAUUUAAAUCUCAAAAAGAUCGGUCCCCUGUACCUAGCCCCGAUAAUCAGACUAAGGCAAAACAAUCCUCUAAGUACAUCAAACAACGCGGGGAAAGAAAGGAGAGGAAUGAGCGGCCUAUCACAUGCAUAACACAAGCAGCUUACAUAUUUCAUUCUUCGACUAACAAAGGCCUUCGUGGGGAUGAAAAGCCUGAGACCGAGUUUUUGGAGGUCACAACAGAACUCAAUGGUCGUGACAUCCAUCGACUCGAAAAUGUCAUAACCAUGAGGGAAGAUCUGCGUACGGCUUUUGAUCACCUUAAGCUUGGAAGCAACAGUGCGUUACGUGAUUCCAAUAUGAGUGAACCGAACAUGUAUCAGAUUGAGUCAGUCAACCGCUUCGACGCUCCCGAGACUGUUGUCUUCAAGACUACUCGAAGAUCGGGUGAACGCACCUCGGAGAAGGGCGGGGAGAGUGACACCAAGGAGAGGGGGACGGUCAUUUGUUUUGCACGACGCGCGGGAUCCGGCUCAUCAUCGAAUAGCAUCCGUGCCGUGAUUGCCUUAAGUCCUGCGAAGCUGCAUGUAUUCCGUCCUGCUCAAUCCAGGGUGCUACUCCACCACACCAUGCAACCUGCAUCCACCUUUCGCGGAACCAGCAUGCAUUUGGCUCACUGGACUGUUAUCUCAUUCUUCCCAUCAACUUUCAAGGUCUGCAUGUGUAUCGCACCGGAUACAGCCAAAGUCUCGUUUUCCAUGUUCUGCUUGCCGUCGGACAGUGAAGAAGAUCUCAUGGAUUGUUCAGCAGUGCCUGGGAAGCGGGUCAAGCGCGACACUUAUGCGCUAAAAAUAAUGCAUCCGAAGUCAGUAAAAUACCCUUCUACGUAUCUGGUUUGUGUGAACAAUUGUCUGGCGUAUUGGGACUGA